AUGCACAGGAUCUCUGAGAAGAAGGAGUUGGAUGACAAGUUCAUCAGCAGGCUCCAUGAGAGUAUCAAGGAAUUGCGUCAUUACUGCAAGAAUAUGAUGGCAUUCUGUGGACACCCCAACUACGUCAAGUACGUCUACGAGUUAUUCAUCCAAGCUGUUAUCGUCUACCAAGUAUCCAUGAUCAACGCUGAAGCCUACUGGUAUCAGAUGAAGUUUGAUCAGGUGUAUGUGCUUGGCAAGCCUGCCACUGCAACCAUCCCAGCGGUCUACUCAUUUAGAGAGAAGUUGCACAAGCAUACUGUUGAUGCUUUGAGGACAAUGGCCAAUGGAUGGUCCCAUUCAGACAGACACAAUGGAGAACAACCAAAGGGUACUGCCAACGUUAACAUGAUCCUCAGGAACGAUCUCUACUACUACCCAAUCCCACUGAUCAUUGGAGACCAUCCCCAACCAUCGGUUGCCAACAACUCUGGAGACCUGUUAGCUGACAAAUACUCGACUCCAGUGAUCACUCUGCCCAACCACAAGUAUCCAUACAUCUACCGUGUCGAUGCCUCCUGCAUGAGACCAGAACCGACCAAUGAGGAUUUUCAUGGAUGUCGCCAAGUGUACCCAAAGGAGCCAGUCUCUGGUUGCAUCGGUGUGCUCUACCAUUCCAUUCCAUCGCUAAAGAUCAAGUUGACCCGAUCUCGCAAGGUGCGUGUCCGUAUCUUUGGCACCGUCCACAAUGAGGUCUCCCAGAUCAUCUUCAAAUACUCGAUCGGCACUGAUGACGGAGGCGCGAAUCUAUCCCAAGUCAAUCUGACCCCUGUGCAGGAUGCCGUCGGCACACUUCCAGUGUUUACAAGGAAGGAAGACGACAUGAACGACGACUAUUCCAAUGUGAAGUGGAGCAGUGGAUUCACUCAGACCGAGAAGUUUGAUGUCGAGUCUGAUUUGACGUUCACGCUUUGCCCUCAAGGAGAGUUUGAUGAUGUUGAGGAACAGUACCCUCCUGAGGACAAAACACCAUCCUAUGUCCGACAAGGAUAUUCAAGAGCACUAUUCAUUGAGUUCAUUGUAUCUGAUAUC